AUGUUUCAGCGCCUCAAAGGCGCCAUAGACAGCCGGAUUGCCGAAGAACAGGCACGACAACGUCAGGCUGCCCUCAGUGCCCAAGCCGCAAGAACUCCGCCGCGACGACGUGCCCAGGGCCAGAACGGAGGCCUUCCCAGACGCCCUUCACGGCAGAGAGAGCAGACCAAUGCUUCCACGGAGAACAGCCCGCAUCCUUCUGAGUUCGAACCUGAGUUUGCGAUUGGAGAAGAUGAAAGUGCAACACCAAGCAGGGCGGGUACGCCGAAGCCUGAAAUAAAGGCCACAGGGAAUGAAGCAGAAAGGGAGAAGAAUACGCCAGCUGCUGGUGACGAUGCGCAGGAAACGGGGAGUUUGGCCGAAGCCACCACCGACAGGAAGAUGUUAAAUGCGAAUGGCAGCUCGGCUGGCUCCUUGCGACCUGAAGAACUCUCGACCGAGGUUCGCCUUAAACUGCGCAAGCUCGAUCGAAUGGAAAAGAAAUAUGCAGAGUUGUUAAAGGCAUACACUACGGCUCACGCAAGAAUCCAAAGCAUCGAAUCCUUUGAGUCUUCUUUGCGAGAGAAUACCCCUUUAACGAGCAUCAACGACCCAGGAGCCUUGGUGGAAUACUUGAACCAAAUGAAUCUAAAAAGUGACAUGGUGGUGGACGAGUUGAAGAGAGUGGCGUCGAACAGGGACGAGUACAAGAAGAAGUUCCUGGCCUCGGAGGAAGAAACCAAGAAGCUGCGCGAAGAAGUGAAUGAUCUAAAGACGAAAUCAGUAUCAAUCGCUCAAGAAAGCAAAUCCGAGAAAUCAGUUCCGAUCGGAAGCCCGACCACUGCUGUCCCAAGUGAAACCCCUUCAGCCAAGGAGCCUGCUGAAUCAGAAGCAACAAAGUCUCCCACCUCUACUUCUUCUCGAAUCGCAAGCUUUUCAUUGUUUUCUCCUCGUUCGAAAGCUCUAUCGCCUCCUCCAAAGGAGACAUCCGAGGAUCUCUUCUCCUUUGACUCGGAACACACCAAAAUGGAAACUGAGUUGAACGAGCGCCAGAUUGAGGUCGAGGAUUUGAAGAAGCAAGUUACCAGCCUAAAGGGUGAUCUCCAUGUGGCCCGUGAAUCGACCGAAAGCAUGGUUGAGAGUCUGGAAACUGCCACUCGCGAGCUACAAACUCUCCGUGAAGCAAAGGACAAAUUUGAUGAGACCAAGACUGAUUUACAAAGCCAGAUAAUCGCCUUGGAGGCCAAAGCUGCUUCAGCAUCUGAGCGCACGGGUGAACUUCAAAGCGAAAUUGAGAUGCUUCAGAAGCAAAAGAGUGACACAUCUGAACGUCUACGGAAUUUGGAAAGCCAGAUACGCGAACUCGGGACCAAUAAUACCAAGCUGAGAGAAGAGAUCGAAUCCACGAACAAGGACACAAAUCUGCUCAACGAAAAGCUUUUGCAGAAAGACUCCAUCGUCAAAGACCUUGAGGAUACGUUGGCCAUGUAUAAAUCUGCGGAACGGCAAGAAACUGCACAAAAGAGAGAGGAUCAGUCCAGCGAGAAGAGACUAGCCACAAUGCAGAACAUCAUGGACGCAUUACGCAGUCAAUUAGACAAUGCUGAAACGACCGUUACCGAGUUGAAAGCAGAGAUCCAAAGCAGUCAGGAAGAGUCUUUGAACCGACCGUCUACGAAGGUCUUUGGCUUCCUUGAUGAGAGUCAAAGGGCAAAUGCUGAUACCUUGGAUUCACGCGAAGAUGUUGUUAAGUUCCUCACCGAGCACUUCGGUCUUCAAAAACCUCCGACCAACAAGGCGGUCACAGAACCUGUGGUACCCUCCCCUGCUCCCUCGGAGGCGACAACCAAUGCCUCCAAGAAGAAAAAUAAGAAAAAGAAGAAAGGAAAAGGCCAAAAUACUACCAGAGAUGACGCCGAAGGUGACGCACCAACUACCGUGUCGGAUAAUUUGGCUGAAGUGGACGAUACUGAACCUAUGAAUGACAAACUAUCAGCAUUAGAUGUCUCCAAACUUGAACAGAAGAUUACCGAUCUGAAAGCAGAGCUGCAGACCAAGGCGGACACCAUAGAACGACUUUCAAAGCAAUUGAAGGACCAAGAAGCUUUGCAAGAAGAAAUCGAAACACUUCGUGAUGACCUCUUACAUCAAGGUGAAGAGCAUGUCGAAGCUCGUGAUGCCCUGAAAGAUGCUCAGGCACAGAAGAGCACGCUUCAAGAAGCAGUCGACAAACUUGAGAAGGAACUCAUGGAGGCUCGUAAAGCAACCGCCAGCAACGCCGACACGGAGAAAGCUCAUCAGGAUAUGGUUGAACAGUACGCUGAACUCAAAGGCCGGCAUUCCACAUUGGAGAAAGAACUCGCCGCCUCGGAACAACUUGCCACAGCUCGAUUCAAAGAUAUCACUGAUUUGAAGGAGUUACUUGCCAAGGCACAACCUGAGUUAAGGAGCCUGAGAAAUGAAGUUGCGGAGCUGAAAUCUGCCAAGGAAGACCUCAAGAAUAAGACUGGCGAACUGAACAGACUGGAAGCACGAUAUGAAGACAUUAAGGCCGAGCUUAAGGGGCUCAGCAAAAGACUUGGUGAUAAGGACAGUGAGAUUAAAGAGCUUCAACAAAAGAUUGAGCAAGAAACAAACACGAGGACCCGGAUGGAAAAAGAACUGGACCAAGCUCAGGCUGAUCUUCGCAUUUCAGAAUCUCGACGUCAAGAAGCGGCCGCCUCGUCUGAACAAUUGACCAAGGACCUUUCCAAAGCGAAAGACGAAUCUGCGACCUUGAAGGCGAAACUGCGUGAUUUAGAGGAACAAAUAUUCACGCAUACCCGGCAAGUGACCGAACUAAAGGAAGAAAUAUCUCUCAAAACAGCGCUACAUUCAUCUUCCCAAUCUCUGGUCCAAUCCUUGCGGGAUCAAACGCAUGAAUUGAAUAUCCAGGCUCGCGAAGCUGUCACUCGAGCCGACAGCCUUGAAGAAGAACUCGUCGAAGCACAGCGGAUGCUUUCAGAACGCACACGAGAGGGGCAAACAAUGCGCAUGCUCUUGGACCAAUCAGAGAGCGGAACCGAAGCCAGACUCCGCGAAAUGAAAGAGCGGCUGGAUGCGGCGAUUGAGGAGCGUGACCGCGUCGAGGACGAAGCAAAUGUUAGUAACAGACGCAUGAUGCGCGAGGUCGAAGAGGCGAGAAGCAAGGCUCGAGAUGCACACCGAGCACUCAGGAUCGUGGAAGACGAGAAAGAGGACCUGGAGAAUCGCCAGCGAGACUGGAAAAAGAGACGAGAUGAUCUCGAGCAAGCAGCCGCACGAGCGACCAAGGAAGUCGAAGAGCUCAGGUCUGCAAUGAACGGACUCAGGGAAGCUCUCGACGAAAGUGAGAGACAAGUUCGCGAGCUUGAUGCGCAGAAGGCAGAUCUACGAAGAGCGGGCGACGAGGCCAGAGAACGGGUCGAAAAACUCGCCAAGGCAAAUAAAAAUCUCACCGGAGAAUUGAAGGCAGCUCAAUCCAGCGUGAAGAAUGUGAAGAUUCCGAAUCGACCUGGCCCGGGGUUGGAGUCCGGCGUCCCCAGUUCGAGAUCAUCCAUUGACUCGGCCAGCGCGAGGUCCCCAGCGCCGAAAGAGAGAGUGCUCUCGACGACCACGAGCCGAAGUGAGACGCCAACAACCAUUGCGGGCUUAAGUCAGAGCACCGUUGAUUAUGUCUAUUUGAAAAAUGUGUUACUACAGUUUUUGGAACAGAAGGAUAAAGGGCAUCAGCGGCAGUUGAUUCCUGUGUUGGGCAUGUUGUUGCAUUUUGAUCAGUGA